CUUAAAUAGGCUCUGGAGCACUAAGGGAAACUCUCAGUCGGUGAGAUCCUGGACACAGCAGUGCACUCUGAGUUUCAUCCUCCAGCUGCUGUUCAUACAGUAGUCUAACAAACACCAACCGACUUCCAGCGGUACCAACGCCCGUCGUCCUCUCUCCUGCUCUGGUCCCUUCUUCUCUGCGCCACCAUGGCUCCGACCCUAAGCACAGCCUUUGCGCGCCGCUGGUGGAUGGCCGUGACCGCCAUCAUCGAGAACCUGCUCUUCUCCGCCGUGCUUCUCGGCUGGGGGUCUCUGCUAAUCAUGCUCAAGUCCGAGGGCUUCUACUCCUACAUGUGCAACGAUCCUGGAAACAGCUCGUCCUUGCUGAACCUCACCCUGCCCCCCCUGUCUGGUCCGGUCGGUGGCAAGCCGGAUGGCGAGGAUGAGAUCGACUACUAUGCCGACGAGGACGUGAGCCUGGCCCAGGGUCAGAGCGGCGUGGAGGUGCGUCCACUGCACCCGGAGGAGCCGAUGAUGCGCAUGAACGGCUGGCUGAUCUGCAAGGAGCAGGACGAGACGCUGAACAUGGCCUUCACCAUGGGCUCCUUUCUCCUCAGCGCCAUCACACUGCCGCUCGGCAUCGUCAUGGACAAGUACGGCCCGCGCAAUCUCAGGCUGCUGGGCAGUGCUUGCUUCUCUUUCUCCUGUCUGUUGAUUGCUUAUGGAGCCUACAAUCCAAACGAGCUCUCGGUGCUCAUCUUCAUUGCCCUGAUCUUCAAUGGGUUUGGAGGAAUGUGUUUGACCUUCACGUCUCUAACACUGCCCAACAUGUUUGGAGACCUGCGGUCCACAUUCAUCGCCCUGAUGAUUGGCUCGUACGCCUCCUCCGCCGUCACCUUCCCAGGUGUUAAGGUGGUCUAUGAUCUGGGAGUGCCAUUCAUCACCAUCCUGGUGGUGUGGGCAGCGUGUGCUGGACUCGUCUUUUUCAACUGCUUCUUCAACUGGCCCCUGGAACCAUUCCCUGGACCCGAGGACAUGGACUACACCGUGAAGAUCAAGUUCAGCUGGCUGGGUUUCGACCACAAGAUCACCGGAAAGCAGUUCUACCAGCAGGUCACCACGGUGGGCCGGCGCCUGAGUGUUGGGAACUCCGUCAAUCAGAAGGAGCUGUCCACCAAGGACGGAAACAAGCUCUGCCUGUCCACCAUGGACCUGGAGGUCCAGUGCAAACAAAAAGAAGAAUCCCAGUCGUUCCUGAAGAGUAUCACAACCCCUCUGUUCAUGCUGUCUCUGGUCACCAUGUGUGUGACUCAGCUCCGUCUCAUCUUCUACAUGGGAGCCAUGAACAACAUCCUGGAGUCCCUCAGCGGUGGAGACCUCAACACAGUGGAGAGGAUGGAGUUGGUGAGUCUAUACUCCUCCAUCUUUGGUGUGAUGCAGCUCUUGUGCCUCAUGACUACUCCGGUCAUUGGUCAGAUCAUGGACUGGAAGCUCAAAGACUGUGAGGAUGCGGACAGCGAUGAGAAGAAGGAACUCAACAAGGACCAGCCCCAGCCAAAGAAGCAGGACAAACAGAUCCAGAAGAUCACCAAUGCCAUGCGAGCCUUCAUCGUCACCAAUCUCCUCCUAGUGGGCUUCGGAAUCACCUGCCUCAUCCCUAACCUGCCUCUACAGAUGCUGUCUUUUGUCCUGCACACCAUCGUAAGAGGAUUCAUACAUUCAGCUACUGGCGGACUCUAUGCUGCUGUGUACCCCUCGUCCCAGUUUGGUAGUCUGACGGGGAUGCAGUCUCUGGUCAGCGCCCUGUUUGCACUGUUCCAACAGCCACUCUUCAUGGCCAUGAUGGGACCACUGGAGGGAGAUCCCACCUGGGUGGACGUUGGGCUGCUGGGCGUGAGCAUGCUUGGCUUCCUGCUGCCCCUCUACCUCAUCUUCUUCCGCAGACAGCUGGUAAAGGCAAGGAAGGAGAAGGACAACGAGGCCAAGAUCUACCUGAAGAUUAACGGAAACAGCAGUCCAGAAGCCUUUGUGUAGAACACAGCAAAAACGGAAGCGUAGAUAUGAGGAGUUAAAGGAAAAAAAGAGAAAAAGAAGGUGGAGAGGAGAGGAGAGCUAGAAAGAGAGUGAAGUUCUGCCGGUCACUUAUGGACUGUGCCAUGGAUUCCAGUCUCUUUGAGAACUUAAAGAGCUUCACCUUUCCAGUUAUUUAUUUCAGUGCCUUCUUAUCAGAUGAGAAUUUCAACUGAUGUCGUCCAAAUCUCUUGUUAUCACAUAACGUUUCGUCUUUCAACAUCUUAGGUGUAUAUUCUCAAUGUAACACAUUUUAACUAUGAAUUAUCGCAUAGACACUAUGAUAUUUCUGUAUACGGCAUUUUUGAGAUUAAAGAACCUUGACCAACACUGUGGUGCUCUUUUUAGAGACUGCUACAGUGUUUUGAUAUUGCUCACUAAACAUUAUUUAUGUUUAGCAAAUUAGCAGAGGAAGUGCUUGAUGAUAUUUACAGCAACAAGAGGGAUGGUCAGUUGAAUACGAUGUGCCCUGAUUUUACCCUAUAGAGGCCUGCAAAUCUACUUCAGGCCUACUUUAAAAGAUGAAUGUGAUUUGUCACAUUCAGAUAUGUAAAAGCCACAUUUAUGUAUUUAAUUUUGUAAAUAUUUUUUUAUGAUGAAAGUUGAUGCAGACACAAUAUUUAUACAUAAAAGUGGCUUUGCUUUGUGGAUGCUUUGUAUUUGAAUUGUUUUAUGCUUUUAUUUUAUAUUAAUUCUUUGGCUUUUAUGGGCCUACCAGUCAUAAACUCAGCACUUUUGACAUAAUGUCUUCAUCCCCUUUCUCUUGUCAUUUUAUAUUGUAGGGAAUAUUCUUUGUUUGGAAACUAUCAAUUUCAGUAUUUCUAACAUUCAUAUUUUUAAACCAUUUUAAAAGCAUUAUUGCUUAAUGUAUUUUACGUAACAUGUUAUGUGUUGACGGCUAUUGAUAGGUUAUGUGAAAAAGACUGAGUGGUUGAAAAUGAUGUUGGUACAAUGUCGGAGAGAAUGUUGUGAACUUGCUUGAACAGCACGGAGAAAAGGCAGAUAGGCCGCCCGUUUCAUUGCUUGUAAUUAAUAUUGCCUUAUUUUGUGUAUUUAUUUGAUUUCUCAUCAGAAUCAUAUUUUUGUGAAGUAUCUUUGCGGCCUUUUCUUUAUAACUUACUUUUUCCUCUGUCUUGUAGUAGACUUUGUAAAAGGUAUUUUUAUUUGUAUAGAGGCAUUAUUGUUAAGUGUGAGUAAUAAAUUAUUACUAUAAAAUA